AUGUCUAAUGAGGGAAAGCCUGAAGUGACUUUGAACGCACCAUUUUCUAGGCGUCUGAUGAAGAAGAAUGAUGAACAACAAUUCAAGCGCUUUCUUGAGCUCCUAAAGCAGCUACAUAUCAACAUUCCACUGAUAGAGGCUUUGGAGCAGAUGCCAACAUAUGUCAAAUUUUUUAAGGACAUUUUGACAAAGAAGAGAAAAUUCAGAGGAUUGGAUGUGGGUCAUGCAUUAUGCGAUCUAGGAGCCAUCAUUAAUCUCAUGCCACUUUCAAUUUUUAAGAAAUUGGGGAUUGACGAAGUACAACCUACUUCUGUUACUCUUCAGCUUGUUGAUAGAACAAUUAAGUACCCAAAAGGGAAGAUUGAAGAAGUUUUAGUGAAGGUUGACAAUCUCAUAUUCCCAGCAGACUUUAUUAUCUUGGACUAUGAAGCAGAUAGGAAGGUACCAAUUAUCCUUAGAUGCUCCUUCUUAGCUACUGGGAAAGUUUAA